GGCAGGCAGGAGGCGGGGGAGGCAGUGACGCCGGGGCCCGUGCGGCGGCGGCUCCGCCCCACAAGGCCGGAGCCGAGACGGAAGAAGCCGCCGCACAGGAGCCGCCGACGUCUCCUCCUGCUGCCGGAGCCUGACAUGGCGCUUUGAGCCCAGCCCCGGCCGUCCCGAGAGCCGCCGCUCCGCACGCUGCCGCAGUGCCCAGAGCAGCCACGUCCGCGCAGGCACCGGGCAGGGGGGGAAUGGGCAGGGCGAGCGGCGCUAGCCGGCGGGGCCGCUGCUAGGAGCCCGGCGGGCAUGGCAGAGCGGUGCUAGGGACUCCCCCUUCCCGCCCGCGUCGCGCAGCUCGGCCGCGGCCCCGAGGCCCCGUCGCCGCCGCCCAGGAGCAGGGAGGCCGAGAGAGGAGCAGCGGGCGGCGCCCGGCCGCCGCAGCCCGCCAUGGCCCACUCGCCCGUGGCGGUGCAAGUGCCCGGUAUGCAGAACCACAGGGCAGACCCCGAGGAGCUCUUCACCAAGCUGGAGCGCAUCGGCAAGGGCUCCUUCGGGGAGGUCUUCAAAGGCAUCGACAACCGCAGCCAGCAGGUGGUGGCCAUCAAAAUCAUCGACCUGGAGGAAGCAGAGGAUGAGAUAGAGGACAUUCAGCAGGAGAUAACUGUGCUGAGUCAGUGUGACAGCCCCUAUGUAACCAAGUACUAUGGAUCAUACUUAAAGGGCACAAAACUAUGGAUAAUAAUGGAAUACUUGGGUGGAGGCUCAGCUUUGGAUCUUCUGCGUGCUGGCCCCUUUGAUGAGUUCCAGAUUGCUACCAUGCUCAAGGAGAUCUUGAAAGGUCUUGACUACCUACACUCAGAGAAGAAAAUUCACAGGGAUAUAAAAGCUGCCAAUGUGUUGUUAUCAGAGCAAGGAGAUGUUAAGCUUGCUGAUUUUGGAGUUGCUGGGCAGCUGACAGACACACAAAUUAAGAGGAACACCUUUGUUGGAACUCCUUUCUGGAUGGCCCCUGAAGUUAUUCAGCAGUCAGCCUAUGAUUCUAAAGCUGACAUCUGGUCUCUGGGAAUCACUGCAAUUGAGCUGGCCAAAGGGGAGCCUCCCAACUCUGACAUGCACCCCAUGAGAGUGCUCUUCCUCAUUCCAAAAAACAAUCCUCCAACUCUACUGGGAGAGUUCAGCAAACCUUUCAAGGAGUUCAUUGAUGCAUGUCUGAAUAAGGACCCCACUUUUCGCCCCACGGCGAAGGAGCUGCUGAAGCACAAGUUCAUCCUGAAGAACGCCAAGAAGACUUCCUACCUGACGGAGCUGAUCGACAGGUUCAAGAGGUGGAAAGCUGAGGGACACAGCAGUGAUGAAAGUGACUCUGAUGGCUCAGACUCGGAGUCCAGUAACAAGGAGAACAACUCUCACCCCGAGUGGAGCUUCACCACGGUGCGGAAGAAGCCGGACGCGAAGAAGCUGCAGAACGGGACGGAUCAGGAUCUUGUUAAAACCCUGAGUUGCUUAACCAUGAUAAUCACCCCUGUGUUUGCUGAGCUCAAACAGCAGGACACAAACAAUGCAAGCAGGAAGAAAGCAAUUGAGGAACUUGAGAAAAGCAUCAAUGUGGCAGAAGCAACAUGUCCAGGAAUCACAGACAAGAUGGUGAAGAAACUUAUGGAGAAAUUUCAGAAGUUUUCUGUCAAUGACUCAUCCUAAGAACCUUCCCCUAAGUGACUGCUGUUUCAUAUGGACCCAGUGAAACCCACCAAAACUACUUCAAGCUUGGCAGUGCUUAGCUCAUGAGCUCCUUGUGCCUUUUUGGAUCUUUGCGACAUUUAUCGACGGCGAUUCGAGGAUUUGGAGGAACCUCCUCUCAACUAUUUUGUGGCAGUGCACAUGGUUUUAUAUAUUUUCAGGAAAUUAUUUUGUAAAGGACAACUUUUAAUAUUGUAGUUUCACCUGUUUGGAAGCUGAGGAAAAUGUCCAGGUGCAGUUUUGCUUUUAGGAAUAGGACCACGACCUUUUAGUUGCCGUAGGCCGGUGCGAGUGCAGUCUGGGUUUCGAUGCUGUUCUGUCCCUGUGCAGGGGCUGUGCAGGGUCUCUUUUGUAUUAAUGAGUUCCAAAAACCUUUUGUAAAUCACUAACAAAGCUUCAGAGGGAAUCAGCUUUUGGGGGGUUUUGUUUGGCGUGGGUGUUUGGGUUUCCUUCCUUCACAAUGUGCAGCCUAGCGGCAAGGGUCUUGCUGCAGCACCUGCUUCAACCAGCACAUGGUUACCCUCUGCCCUGACAGAGAGGCCUGCAAAGAGCAGCUCCUGAGGGAGCCUCAUUGGUACAGUAUUUUAGGCAGCUCUAUGAUGAAGUCUAUUUGAGAGCAAUAUGUCCUUAGUCUGCAGGUGAUAUGUAGCAACAGGUUAGCUCCUGAUGUACAGUCCUAGCUCUUACCUUCUACAAGCAGCUCUGGAAGUAGGGAUUCAAUCUCUUAGGCCUCAUGGUAGGCAGGGCAAAAAUAACCUUAGAGCAAUACAGCUGGGGGGG